GAAAUAGGCCUAUUUUUACACUAUAAAACCAAGCUCAAGAAAAUAUCUCCUUCCAUUCUCCUUCUUUAAACCCUAAAGUUUUCCCUUAGGGUUUUAUAGUCGUCUCCUCCUCCCGCUGCUUCCUCCUUUUCCUCCCUUUUUUCCCCCACAACUCGGAAUGGGUAAAUCUACUAAGAAGUCCGCCACCAAGGUUGAUGCUACUGUAGCUGCGCCAACCAAACCCAUGAAGAAAGGGAAGAGAGAAGCUGAGGAUGAAUUAGCCAAGUUGGUGAGUACAAAGAAGCAGAAGAAAGAUGUGGCUGUUGCACAAGCUGUUGAGAAAAAGAAGAGUGAUACAAAGACUCAGAAGAAGAAGAAACAAGAAAGCAGUUCCUCUGAGGAUAGUUCCUCUGAGUCUGAAGAUGAGAAGCCUACUAAAGCAGUGGUACCUCCCAAGAAAGUGGCCCCUGCCAAAAAUGGAAAGUUAGCUAGCAGUUCUGACGAUUCAGAUUCUUCAGAUGACGAUGAAGCUCCUGCUAAGAAGGUUGUUGCAGCUUCAACUAAGAAUGGUGUUUCUGCUAAGAAGAAAGUUGAGUCAAGUGAUGAUUCGGAUGAUAGCAGCUCUGAGGAAGACGUACCUGCACCCAAGAAACUUCCUACUAAUGGCUCUAAGAAAGUAGAGUCAAGUGAUGAUUCUGAUGAUAGCAGCUCCGAGGAUGAUGACGCUGUUGUUAAGAAGGCGCCUGCUGCUGCCUCUAAAAAGGAAGAAUCCAGCACUGAUUCCAGUGAUGACUCCAGUUCAGAUGAUGAUGAACCUCCCUCUAAGGUAGCUGCUCAACCUAAAAAAGCUCCUCAAGCCGUGAAAAAGACUAGUGACAGCUCUGAAGACACUGAUGAUUCCGAUUCUGAUUCUGGUACAGACAAGGGAAAGGCUGCCACUGUAUCUAAAAAGGUUGCUUCAUCUGAUGAUGAGAGUGAGGAUGAUAGUUCUGACGAAAGUGAUGAAGAGCCUCAAAAGAAAAAGAGCAAGCCCUCUAGCACUCCAGCUGUCUCAAAAACUCCAGAGGAGAGUAGUUCUGAGGAAUCUUCUGAGGCAGAUGAGUCCUCUGAAGAGGAAGAGGAUGACAAAACAUCCAAAACUCCCAAGAAGGGUGCUGAUGUCGAAAUGGUUGAUGCUGCUUCUGCUAAAGCUCAAAAAACCCCUAUUACUCCCAAAGCUCAGACUCCAGGGGGAUCGAAAACAUUGUUUGUUGGAAAUCUAUCCUAUUCAGUUGAACAGGCGGAUGUGGAGAAUUUCUUCAAAGAUGCUGGAGAAGUUCAGGAAGUGCGCUUUUCUACACAUGAGGAUGGUUCGUUUAAGGGCUAUGGUCAUGUUGAAUUUGUGACUGCUGAAGCUGCACAGAAGGCACUUGAGCUUAAUGGGCAAGAUCUUUUGGGCCGUGCCGUGAGAUUGGACCUUGCUCGUGAGAGGGGAGAAUAUACACCGCGCAGUGAAAACACAUUCCAGAGGCCAGCUAGGAGUGACGGAACAACAAUUUUUGUCAGGGGCUUUGACAAAAAUGAGGCUGAAGAUCAGAUUAGGAGUUCACUGGAGGAGCACUUUGCAUCUUGUGGGAAGAUCUUUAAAACAAGAAUUCCUACAGACCCAGAAGGCUAUAUUAAGGGGAUGGCUUAUAUUGAGUUUGCAAAUGGUGAUGCUAUAAACAAAGCGCUGGAGCUUGAUGGAUCAGAAGUUGGAGGGUUUAGCUUGAAUGUGCAAGAGGCAAAACCAAGGGGUGACGGUUCUGGUGGAGGCGGCAGAGGUUUUGGUGGUAGAAGUGGUGGUAGGGGUGGUGGUAGAGAUAGUGGUGGUAGAUUUGGUGGCCGUGGCGGUGGUGGUCGCUUCGGCAGUGGUGGCCGCUUUGGGGGCGUAGGCCGUGGUGGUGGUGGUGGACGUUUUGGCGGUGGAGGCAGGGGGCGAGGAACUCCCAACAAGCCAAGCUUCACUCCAUCUGGUAAGAAGACGACCUUUAGUGAUGAGUAACUUGUAGCUGGGACUCUAUGGCCAACUUAUCUCUCCUUAAUCUGGUGGACAUAGAUGCAUCUUAUUUGAAAUAUUAUAAAUUUUGUUCGUCAAGCAAGAACUUGGAAAUGUAGUGGUUAGUAGACAAGUUGGAUAAUUUUGUUUCCUUGAGUUAUGCGUAUUUUGUACCAUUCUUUGUGGGUGGAAAAUGAGCUUGUUCAUUGUUCA